CUUGAAAAGCUCGUGAACGUUCAACAACAGAUUACAUAACCAAGCCUCUCAGAUCAUGAUCUCACAAUGUUUAGUGUAUGCCUAUGAGGAUUUCAAGUACAGCUAUAGAAGAAAUUAUAGGAGAUUUUUGUAGCGAAACAUCAAAGUCAAACUGGAAACGAAAACCGGCCCAGGCGAAUCUUCCAUCUACGUUUUCUCAUGCAAGUACAGUAACAAUGUCUGGACUCGUCCGUUAUCUUGCUACUCAAAAAGUUCGACUUCUUCAAGGAUUAAGCGUGCUAGUUUUCUACUGGAUUUUGGUCUUUGGUACGUUAUUUGUGUUUGGAGCACUCAUAGUUUAUGUGGUAAUUAAUCGUUUGUUUAUCAUUUGGCCGCUCUGUGUCCUUUACUUGACGUGGGUAUAUUUUAUUGACCUUAAGACCUUUAGCCGUGGAGGUCGAAGAGCGGAGUUCAUUAGAAACAAUCCAUUGUUUGAUUAUAUGAGAGAUUAUUUCCCAAUAAGUUUGGUCAAGACCACACAGCUCGACCCAGCGAGAAACUACAUAUUUUGCUAUCAUCCACAUGGUGCUAUCCCAGAUGGUCUAGCUAUUGGCUUUGGAUCAGAAGCUUUGCAAUUCAGCAAGAAAUUCCCGGGAGUUGUCCCUUACAUUGGAGUGCAUUCAUGUAUGUAUCCAUAUUAGAACAAUAGGAGUAUGUACAUUAGUACAAAACAACAACAACAACAACUACAAGAGAAUGGGAGUGAUCCCACCUCCUCAUACCCAGAUCUUACCCUUUCUUACGCUGCUUAGUCUGCUACACAGCCGUCACGCAACGCUCCUCCCCACAGACUCCCCACAGACUCCCCACACACUGGGGAGGAGCGUUGCGUGACGACACUAAAAACAGCUUGCGGCUUUGCCGUGAGCCGCGAGAAACAAGGGCGUAAGCCCAAGAAUAAAAAAUAAGAGACUGCUGACUCUUUUGUUUUGUCUGGGGACAACCAAGCUGUCAAGGUAAUUUAAUUAAUCAUUUAAACCCGAGGAACUUGAAACAAUUUAUAAAUAGAACAAAAACAACAAACUGAAAAAAAUACAGUUUCUUUAAAUCUAGUAAGAUUGCCUUGAAUUUGUUUCCCUUGAGGAAAUUUACAGCAGUCUCCUUCUGUAAGAUAUCCUUAAAAGUUUUAUUACUGAGAUUACUGCUUGGUUCGCUAUUGUUUGCAGUUGGUUGUCACGUGACUAUUUUUAUUGCUUGCAAUCUCACCACAGACCAGUCAAUUAUCUGUCAACAGCUGUGCAAUCCAUUUCUAUCCAUUUCAACUCCAUUUCUGGGCUGACGGAGGGUUUGUUUACUACAAAAGAGUCAGCAGUCCGUCUUUUCUCGUCUGGUCUCAAUUCCCUUAUUGUAAUAAUAACAUCGUGGUUUACAAUCGCGCUGGAUGAGAUAAGAACUAGAUGGAUUUUAAGAGAAAAGGUGGACUGCAAUCAGUCUAUGAUAUUAACUAGGAGUAAGACAUAGUGGUUGAUUCUCACCUCACCUGCCUUGAGUGCAAGUUAAUAAAAAAAAGUUAAUUAAGCACUUAUCUAUUUCUCUACUCCUGUGGGAGCUGCAGAAUGGAGUUUCUGAGUAUUUUUUACUUCCUUUCCACAGUUAUGGGUUGGUCUCCAAUCUUUCGUGAAAUUGUAAUGGGUCUUGGAGUAGUAAAUGUCAGCCACGAAAGCUGCAAGUUUGUACUGACUCAGCAGGGCCCUGGGCAUUCAGUUGCCAUUGUUGUUGGAGGUGCCUCUGAAGUUCUUAACCUGUUCCCUGGCUCUUAUACCCUUACUUUGGAAAGACGAAGAGGCUUUAUCAAGCUGGCCUUGGAGACUGGGUAACAUUCCUCUUUUUUUGGAUGUGGCAGGGGAAUGGCAAAUGUUUCGAGAGGAAUAUGUUUCUCAAGGGAGAUUUCCAUAUUAGUGGUAGAGUGCUGAGUUUGGUCUCACUUAGGCUGUUCUGAAUAAAAAAGCCCCUAUUUUUACCCAUACCAUUGUCACUUAGGGCUUUGCAUAAAGAAUUAUGUACAGAAACCAGACUUGGACGCUGUGUUAAAAAACAGCAUUUGAUGCCAAACGUCUUUAGCACUUUGAAAAUCACUGUAGCUCUUAUUUAAGUACAGUCUCCUUCAGGAAUCAGAUGGGAUACUAAAAACUGAACACAUCUGAGCAAUUUCUUCCAUGUUGCCCUUGACAUCGCAGAGAACUUGUCUUUACUCAGUUGUUUAUCCUCAUACGCAUCAGAAAAUGCCUUAGAAUACCUAAUUGUUUUUACUUUAAAACUUUAAGGUAGACUUAGAUAUGCGCUAUUUUACUCAGUACAGCUCAAUCCUUUAAUUUCCCAUUUGUCCAUUGAACUGAUGAUAGCUAAGAAACUGCUUCUUUGCCAUAUUCAAGGUCCCCCUUGGUUCCAGUAUUUGGAUUUGGGCAAAACGACGUGUUUGAUAAACAGCCUAAAAUCGACUACCUGUUGAGAUACAAACCUGGACGCAGCAAGUGGGAGAAGUGGUCAAAGGUUUUCUUGAAAGGUGUCAUGCAGGUCAUGUUUGCGCGCUUUGGAGUCAUGCCCUAUCCACAUCCUAUUACUGUUGUUGGUAAGUUCCAAAUGAUACUUAAAACGUUAGAACGUUACACCACGUGUACGAAAGCCUGUCCGAUGCGUUCAGAUAGUGGGGAUGACAAAAAGAAGGAAAAACGAAGGAAGGAAGGAAAAAUGGCAGGGGGGUGCACUCCAUUAUCCGCAAACGGUACGAUAAUCACUUGGUCAUUUUCCCGCCAUUUUUUGCGUUAGUUUGUCGCUUUCAACGUGAAGAAGUUACUUUUGGCGUUCGUGAGAAACGUGAGUAAAACUGAUGUUUUUUUCAUCAUUGUUAGAUACAACAGGGAUCAUAUCUUAAAACAUCAGUUUUCACAUCACGUUUUAUAGUGGAAGUCACACUUCUCCAUCAUCAUUUGACAAAACCAAAUUUUAAAGAAACGAAACGGGUUUUAUUGACUGCCGGAGUGUCUCGCGUAAACGGGUAUUAAAGGGGUCUUAAAGAGAAGAAGCCCCCUUUAUUUAAUAGAGCCGAGGUUUGUUUAAGCACUUACACCUUGUUUCAUAUUAACACUACGGCCGAAGAUGUGUCGGCCUUCGGCCAACACCGAAAAUUCCCGCCGCACGCGAGAAAAACCUCUGGUACCCAGGGUACAUUAACACCUUCACCGGCAAAUUUGCUCGUCUGUGGUGAUGGGCUUUACCCCGGCCGUGUAGAUUUUACAAUUAGAAUAAUCUUAACUGUAACCUGUUUUUCUUGACUUCCUUUUCAGUUGGAUCUCCUAUCCCAGUGGAGAAAGUGGAAAAUCCAAGCGAGCAACAAAUGAAUAAACUGCACUCGGAGUACAAAGAGAAGCUUAAGGAGCUGUUUGAACAACAUAGGGAUGCAUGCGGUGUACAAAAGGAGACUGAGCUUGUUAUUCAAUAACCCUUAUUAGCUAAGUGCUAGCGAUUGAAUUAGAAUCGUAAUAAAUGAUGCGCAAAAUAGGUUUAGAGUAUCUCGCGAAACGAAACCAAAUGGUACUUUGAUAUUGCAAUCGCUGCAGGCUGUCAUUGUGUCUCAAGAUAUUAAAUAUAUCUAACUAGUAUUUCCAACUAUGAUCGUAGCUGUAGCCUUAAAAGCCAUCGCUUAACACCUCUGAAUAACAGACAGGAACAGAGGUUUGAAAAGUUUGACGUUUAAAUAAAUGGCUUUAGAUAAAUGGCUUUAAGAAUUUUGAUACUGCUAUCCUGAGAGAGUCCUAGGAGUUCCCGGCGUUUGCCGAAACUACACGACCCAGGACUUUCCCGGCGUCCACUGGAGCGGGACUACUGGGAACGCGGGUGUUGGUGGCAUUUUCUGCCGCAGACUGCAGAUCGCAGCGACAACAGGUAUCAAUGUAAUGUAAUGGUACAAAUUAUGAAAUGAACUGCUGGCUCUAACAAGGUGCAUUAUGAAAUGAAAGCAUAUAUCCGGGGGAAAGGUGUACGCGGCCAUGUCUGCUAAAGCAACGGCCAAAAAACUCAGUGCCACUUUUGAUGCUGGUUAGCAUUGUUGAUUUACCCAAAUUAAUGAGGGAUUUUGCUCCGGGAGCAUGCUCCAGGGGCACGUUCCGGGAGCAAAGCUCCUCCGUGUGUACCAACGAUUUCACGGGUAUACUUCAUCCUCGGGAGCAGAAUUUCCACCCCGCAAAAUGCUCCACGAUAUUUAACCGGUUAAAUGUUUGGAAGCAAGCUCCCGGGGCAAAUAGAGCGAACUUGAAAACGCUCCCUCGUGUGUACUGACACGUGCAAAAUGAUCCGGGAGCAAAACCCCUCGUGUGUUUCGGCCUUUAUAGUUACCUGGUACCGUUUUGUUUUGUUCAAUUUUAUUUUUAUUUAUUUAUUCAUUUAUUUAUUUAUCAUAAUUUUUUAUUCUCCUUAAUUUUUUUCUUUCUCUUUCGUGUGUCACAACCC